GCACAGUACUACGGAGUUGUGAGCGUCGGCACGCCGCCACAGAGGUUCACCGUUGUAUUUGACACCGGCUCCUCCAAUUUUUGGGUCCCUUCUGCUUAUUGCAUCAGUGAAGCGUGCAGGUUGCACCAGAAAUUUAAGUCCUUUCUGUCGGAUUCGUAUGAGCACGGCGGAGAAGCUUUCUCAUUGCAGUACGGCACAGGACAGCUUCUGGGCAUUGCUGGCAAAGACACACUGCAGAUAAGUAACAUCUCCAUCAAGGGACAGGACUUUGGCGAGUCAGUGUUUGAACCAGGAACAACUUUUGCCCUUGCCCACUUUGAUGGCGUGCUGGGCUUGGGCUACCCCUCCUUAGCUGUGGGCAAUGCUCUGCCCGUGUUUGACAGCAUCAUGAACCAGGAGCUGGUAGAGGAGCCGGUCUUCUCAUUCUAUCUGGAAAGAGGAGAUGACACGGAGAAUGGUGGUGAGUUGAUUCUAGGGGGAAUAGACCAUUCUCUCUACAAAGGUUCAAUCCACUGGGUCCCAGUCACAGAGAAAAGCUACUGGCAAAUACACCUGAACAACAUAAAGAUCCAGGGCUGGGUGGCAUUUUGCUCCCAUGGUUGUGAAGCCAUCGUUGACUCAGGCACUUCUCUUAUCACCGGCCCCUCUUCACAAAUCAGACGAUUACAGGAGUAUAUUGGGGCAAGCCCAUCACAUACUGGAGAGUUUCUUGUAGACUGCAGAAGACUGUCCAGCUUGCCUCACAUAAGCUUCACGAUUGGACACCACGAGUACAAGCUGACAGCAGAGCAAUACAUCAUAAAGGAGUCUAUUGAAGACCAAACCUUCUGCAUGAGUGGCUUUCAGUCUCUCGACAUCAGCACUCGCACCGGCCCACUCUGGAUUUUAGGAGAUGUCUUUAUGUCUGCGUUUUACUGCAUUUUUGACCGUGGGAAUGACAGAGUGGGAUUUGCAAAAGCUGUUCAUAGGAAUGAUUACUACUGAGUUGUAAUAUACUGCCUUAACCCAAAUGUUAAUAUAAUGAU